AUGCCUUGGCAAUGCAGUAUAUGUGCAGCUUUCAACGCAGAUGACCUACAAAAAAUUCUUAAUCAUAUUGGCAGAUGCCAUCGCAAUGAUCCGAACUUUCAUUGUAUUUGUGGAAUAGAUGGUUGCGCCCUAACAUUUAGGAAAUAUUAUUCGUGGCGGAAGCAUAUCUAUCGAAAGCAUGGACACCACGAUCAAAAUGGCAACCAAACAGAAGAAAACGAUAAUCAGCGGUUGGUCGCAAAUAAUUUAAAUAUUGAGGAUAUCGCGCCUGACCAAGAUGUUCAAGACCAAGUUAAAAGGGCAAGUGCUUUAUACUUACUAAAGCUACAAGAGGAGUGUAAACUGCCAAAAUCAACUGUCAAGAGUGUUGUUGCUAAUACUAAGAGCAUUGUUCAAGAAACUCUGUCCGUUGUCAAAACUCAAGUAGAGCACUGCCUAGCCCAAAACGAAAUAGAUUUCGAUACAGUCCCGGGCUUAAAUCAGAUCUUUGAAGAAAACAACGCUGCUACAAACCCGUUCAAUAUGCUGGAGACAGAAACACAACAAAUGGCCUAUUUCACGAAAGAAUUCAAUUUAAAGGUACUGAAGUACAUGUUUCAGAUUUUUGCAGGAUUAUACGAGGUUUAUAAUAUCAUCUUGACCUAAAAUUAAUUCUUAAGAUCGAAUAAUCAUUAUUUAUACAACGAUAAUCGAUAUAAUAAUUAUGUUAGUUGAAUGUAGUAAAUCAUGCCCUAACAAUCAGGCUACAAUCAAUUGGCCAAGAGUCCCAAUGUGUAAAAAUAUUGAGAAAAUCACUUUAACUAAAGAUGGUUAACUAUUAAGAAAUAUGAUGAACAACAUAAAUUUGUUAAUUUUAAGCCAACCUUCUAGCUAUGCUGAUUAAUUAGCUAUUUAAAUUUGAAUGCUCUUGAAGAUAUUAUUAGGUUUAAUGUUGUUUAAAUUAACCCAUUGAGUCGCACCGCGCCCCGACGCACCCUACUUUAGUAUUUUACUCUGCCUAACACCAGACAAUUUUACUCGUCAAGGGGAGAGCGCUGGCGCUUAGUGGGUUAAAACUUUAACACAUUAAAACUUUAACCCAUUAAGCGUCAGCACUCUCCCCUUGACGAGUAAAAUCGUCUGGCGUUAGACAGAGUAAAAUACUCUGGCGUUAGACAGAGUAAAAUACUAAAGUAGGGCGCAUCAGGGCGCAAUGCGACUCAAUGGGUUAAUAUUUAUAGUUUGAUAGAAAAACUCAAACUACCAGACACAAGGAACAUAUGUGUUGUCCUAUAUAUAGUGGACUAUGUCCAACUAUGCCCCUCAAAGGAGAAUUAAUGGGACUCUUAAUUGCCCCCCCCCCCAAAAAAAAAUAUAUAUAUAACUUGGUUUGCCCCCAAUUGCCCCCCCCCCAAAAAAAAAUUGGUGCCUGGCACCAUGUUCCACUUUCUUGUUCCUUAACUGGAAAUUAAAUUGAUCAUUGAAAUGAGGCCACAACCCUGGUACCUUCUCAAGUGAAGUAUUAUUGUAGCAUAUAUAGCAACAAGUUGAACUUCAUUCAAUAAAAGUUUAAAGUGUAAAAAUAAAGUCUACAGUGUUUAGUCAUUGUAACAUCCAGGUUAAAAUGUGCAAAUGUACAAAUUUGGUUAAAUUGUACAUAGCCUGUCAAAAAAGUGUGAUUUAUGUAGAAACUGCACUAACUGGGGAGAAUUACUGAAUCUGGUAGCAUCUGACUGCAAAUUGGUUUUGAGAAAAUAGUUGAUUUGCUGAUGUUUUAGGUUGAAAAUCCCCACAGAAGUACAGAUGGUCUAAUCAGAGAUUUUUGUGAUGGGGAGCAUUUUCGAAAUCAUCCUUUGUUUUCUGUGGAUCCACAGGCACUACAAAUCAUGUUGUUUUAUGAUGAUCUGGAAACGUGCAAUCCGCUUGGGUCAAGGGCUACCAAACAUAAACUAGGCAUGUACUUUGAUGUUACAUUUGUGCAUUGAUUAUGGUCAUGGUUAAAAAAAAAGCAGUGAAUGGAUUCCAAUUACAAAUAUAUGCUAGUUAUAUAGCUACUACCAAACAUGUUGCUUUCAGUAUAUAUAAAGCCACACAAUACAAAACACAUUUCCUUGAGUAAAGCCAUGGAUAUUAAUUGAUGAGUUAUUUUUACAUAAUACUUUUAAUAUAUUUUAGGAGCUUUUUACUAUACACUAGGUAACAUUGCACCUAUGUAUCGAUCAUCUGAAAAGGCUAUACAGCUUUUGUGUUUAUGUAAGACAUCUCAUAUCAAGAAGUAUGGCAUAGAUGCUGUUUUGAAACCAUUUAUGGCUGACUUGAAAAAACUAGAACAGGUAUUAAUCUAUAUUGCACAGUCUGUUAUUUUGUAAUUAGUUUGCUCUGAGGUCUGAAUUAAGUGAUGACUAGGGUCAGAGUUUAAAUUAUGACAAGUAAAUUAAUUGGAAGCCUAAUAAUUAUGAAAGAUUUUCCCUGAAUUAACAUAGCUGUAAUAUUAACCCAUUGAGUUGCAUUGCGCCCUGAUGCGCCCUACUUUAGUAUUUUACUCUGUCUAACGCCAGAGUAUUUUACUCUGUCUAACGCCAGACGAUUUUAGUCGUCAAGGGGAGACCGCUGGCGCUUAAUGGGUUAACUGGCCUAUCUGCCCUUGUGUCUAGUUAACCCAUUGAGUUGCAUUGCGCCCUGAUGCGCCCUACUUUAGUAUUUUACUCUGUCUAACGCCAGACGAUUUUACUCGUCAAGGGGAGAACGCUGGCGCUUAAUGGGUUAACUAAUGUGACCUUUUAUCAUUGUUCAGGAUUGUGGGCAUUCUUUCCUGAUCAAUGGCAGUGUGAGAAGUUUUCGUGGAACCAUAGCAUAUGCUUCUGGGGAUAAUCUUGGGUCUCAUUCAAUGGGAGGAUUCAAAGAAGGUUGUCAGGCUCAUCGUAUGUGCCGCCACUGCCUUGGACUUGAUGAGGAGAUUAGAUCUAAGGUACAAAAUUCUACUAAAUAUAUGAUACUGUAUGUUAAAAAAGGUUGCUGAGUAUUGAAAUGCAUUAUACUAACUGGUCAAUGAGUUUAAUUUAAAUUCCUUGUAUAUUUUUACCUACAUCUUUAAUCCCAGCCUGUAACUACUGUACAGUUUUACUUCUUGCAUUUCUCUGAGUCAUUGACCUAUUAAAUAACCACUUGCACCAACUCACGCCAAAAAUUUUUACUUGUUAUAUAACUACUUAGUUUGUAAUUAACCAUAGUAUAUAUCAGUGAACUGUGUCAAAAAAUUAUGGUCUACACUGCAGUUAUUGUCAUAAUGGCUGCUUGAAACACAGCGUGACUCGCAACUUGCGAUGACUUGCAUUCUCGUUCGGGUUUUGGAUCCCCAGUAAAGAUCCCUUUUUGUCUGAAAAUGUGUGAAAAUUAUGCUGAAAUUGCAGGAAAUCAGGUCUUGGAAACUCAAAAUUACAAAAUAUUUGUGGGGGAGGACCUCCAGACCCCCCAAAAGUCUGUAUGUCACCACUUUUCAUUUCUGUGCAUGUCGUAGUGAAGUCUCUUUGUAGUUGCGUGGGCCCUGACCACUAACAAAUCCUUUAAAAAGGCCCUGUAUGGUUGUUAUAGUUAGUACUUUUCUACAAAAACCUUUUUGAUUUCAAUUUUCAGUUUCACGAGAAAUAUUUUAAUCUUCGAACCAGAGAAACCCACAAUCAUCAGUGUGGCCAAGUUUUGGCAUUUGGGGAAUACUUCAGCAAAACUUAUGGUAUUAAUAGGCAAUCUAUCCUGAAUCAAAGUAGAUUUUUCCAUGUCGUUGGAGGUUUGCCUACUGAUGCCAUGCAUGACAUCUUGGAAGGUCUUUUGCAGUACGAAACGAAAGAGAUGUUAAAACAGUUCAUCAAAGUCGAUAGUUUCUUCAGUUUAGAGGAACUAAAUCGUAGAAUUGGCAAAUUUGAUUUUGGAUACUACAAUGACAAAAACAAACCUGCCCCAAUUACCGAACAAAAACUGUCAUCAAAUGAUAAUAGCCUUAAGCAGCAUGGUAAGUUUUGCUGGUACUGUGUCUUUCCUUUUGCGCUGUCGAGUGUCAGUGACACUAUAUUGAUUGAAUUUUUGUUCAUUUACAUGUACUAUGCUGGUAGACUAUUUUGUUUACAUUAUUUUAAAUUAGCUUACUGUCAUUUAUUAUUUAGCAAAAACCAUUUAUCAAAUGAGAAGUUUUGUUAUUCAUCUAUUUUCUUUCUUUUAUAGCUGUUCAGAUGUGGUGUCUGGCAAACCAUCUACCGCUGAUUAUAGGUGA